GGACGUGAUCAACUUUGAUGGUCAAGGUGUAAUCUCAUAUCGUUUUAAGGUGAAGAAGAUGAAGAUCAUUAAGGAUGUAAUUGCACUGAAGUUCAAGACAUCGGAGAGCGAGGGCAUUAUCCUCCACGGAGAGGGCCAGCAGGGAGACUACAUCACCCUGGAGCUCCGCAAGGCCAAAUUGCUGCUGCAGAUUAACCUGGGCAGUAACCAGUAUGGCUCUAUACUGGGUCAUACCUCUGUGACAACUGGCAGUCUUUUGGACGACCACCACUGGCACUCAGUGGUGAUCGAACGCUACCGUCGUAACGUCAACUUCACCUUGGACAGACACACACAACACUUCAGGACCAAUGGAGAGUUUGACCACCUUGAUCUCGACUAUGAGUUGAGCUUCGGAGGAAUGCCGUACAGCGGGAAGCCAGUGGGUGGGGGGAGGAAGAACUUUAAAGGCUGCAUGGAGAGUAUCAACUACAACGGAGACAACAUCACUGACCUGGCCCGACGCAAGAAACUAGACACCUCCAGCUUUCGCAAUCUGUCCUUCACCUGUGUGGAGACCCACACCUUCCCGGUCUUCUUCAAUGCCACCAGUUUCCUGCAGCUGCCAGGGCGAGCCAAUCACAACACAGUAUCUGUGGGCUUCCAGUUCCGAACCUGGAACCCGGACGGGCUUCUCCUCUUCAGUAACCUUGACGACGGGACUCUGGAGAUCUCCCUGGAGGAGGGCAAAGUUGCAGUACAUAUCAACGUGACGAGGAUGACCAAAAACAACAGGAUAGACAUAUCAUCAGGUUCAGGCCUUAAUGACGGCCAGUGGCACGCAGUACGUUUGGUUGCCAAGGCCAACUUUGCUAUGCUGACGAUAGAUGGCGAUGAGGCAUCUGCUGUCCGCACCACCUCACCCCUCACCAUCACCACUGGAGGAACCUAUCACCUGGGAGGGUAUUUCCUGCAGACACUGUUCCCUCCCUCCCAGCGUUCUUUCCAAGGGUGCAUGCAAGCAAUCCUAUUGGACGAUCAACCCGCUGAUUUGCAUGCAGUGGAGAAAGGCAUUGUGGGAGCUUUUGAGAAUGUCAGCCUGGACAUGUGCGCAAUCAUAGACAGAUGUAUGCCCAAUCACUGUGAACAUGGCGGCCGGUGUAAACAGACGUGGGAUAGUUUCAGCUGCACCUGUGAUGGGACAGGGUACACAGGAGCAACCUGCCACACGUCUAUCUAUGAGCCAUCAUGUGAGGCCUACAAGCACUUGGGCAGGUCCUCUGACACCUACUGGAUCGACCCUGAUGGCAGCGGACCCCUUGGCCCCUUCAAAGUCAACUGCAACAUGACAGAGGACAAGGUGUGGACCACGGUAAUGAACAACCUGCCGGUCCAGACAGCAGUGACGGGCUCCAGCAGAGAGAGACGCACAGUCUUACAGGUCAAUUACAGCGCCUCUAUGGACCAGGUGACAGCCAUCACCACCAGUGCAGAACACUGUGAGCAGCAUAUCUCCUACAGCUGCCACAUGUCCAGACUGCUCAACACGCCAGAAGGAACCAUUUACACGUGGUGGGUAGGCCGAGGCAGUGAAAAGCAUUUCUACUGGGGUGGCUCAGGUCCUGGCAUCCAGAAAUGUGCCUGUGGAAUUGACAGGAACUGCACCGACCCUAAAUAUGAUUGCAACUGCGAUGCGGAUCACAAGCAAUGGAGAGAAGAUUCUGGCCUCUUGGUAUACAAGGACCACCUGCCAGUCAGUCAGGUUGCCGUGGGCGAUACCAACCGGCCGGGUUCUGAGGCCAAACUGACUGUGGGCCCGCUCCGUUGCCAAGGAGACACUCCUACAGUCGUCUCCUUCUCCUUCGACGUGGGAAACGGACCAGUGGAGCUGGCGGUGCAUUCGGCCACGCCCCUCAACGAUGACCAAUGGCAUCGCGUCAUGGCCGAGCGCAACGUGAAAGAGGCGGUCCUCCAGUUGGACCUGACCUAUCGGGCAUCUCGGCCCGCCCCUGCACAGGGACACACACGGCUGGAGCUGUUCAGCCAGCUCUAUGUGGGUGCAGCGGGAGGCCAAAGGGGAUUCCUUGGCUGCAUCCGUGCCCUGCGGAUGAACGGUGUCACCCUCGACCUGGAGGAGAGGGCAAAAGUCACACCAGGGGUCAAACCCGGCUGCCAAGGCCACUGCACCAGUUAUGGGAUGUACUGUCGGAACGGAGGGAAGUGUGUGGAGAAGUACAACGGCUACUCCUGUGACUGCACCGCCACCGCUUACGACGGGCCGUUCUGCACCAGAGAUGUUGGGGGUUUCUUCGAGGCAGGAACACUAGUCAAGUACAAUUUCCUGCCUGAAGCAGCAGCAGCAGCGGGAGCCAAUAAGGACGCGCGGAUCCUGUCACACCCUCUGACCCCACAGGAAAUGAAUCUAACAAAGGAGGAAGUGGCCUUCAGCUUCAGCACGUCCAAUGCACCAGCUAUUCUGAUGUAUGUCAGCUCCAAGACGCAGGACUAUCUGGCUGUGGUGUUAAGGCAGAAUGGUUCACUGCAGGUGCGGUACAACCUGGGAGGCCUCAAGGAGCCGUUUUCUAUAGAUGUGGACCAGCGUAACCUCGCCAACGGACAGCCACACAGCAUCAACAUGACCCGUGUCAACAGGAGCAUCAGCAUCCAGUUGGAUCAUUAUCCUCCAGUCAGUUACACCCUCCCAGACGCCUCAGACACAUACUUCAACCUCGUCAAGACACUGUUCUUGGGAAAAGUAUAUGAAACUGGCGAUAUUGACGCGGUGCUUAUCGAGCGAUACAACACCCCAGGCUUCAUCGGGUGCCUGUCGCGGGUGCAGUUCAACGGAGUAGCGCCUCUCAAGUCUGCGCUGAGGACCGCCGUCCAGGCCCAGGCCACACAGACAGCCUCACAGCCAGACAGACCACCCACGCCCACCCUGCCAGUGUCUCACCAGGGCAAACUAGUGGAGUCAAACUGCGGGGCAUCGCCGCUCACCAUCCCACCAAUGUCUGCAGCAACAGAUCCCUGGCGUCUGGACAACACAGAUGCAGAGUUCCCCUUCAACGAGGAGAGGGUGAUUCCUGAUGGAGUCAACAGGAACUCAGCCAUCAUUGGAGGCAUCAUUGCGGUGGUGAUCUUCACCAUCUUAUGCACUCUGGUGUUCCUGAUCCGCUACAUGUUCCGUCACAAGGGCACAUACCACACCAACGAGGCCAAAGGGAGCGGGGAGUCCGGCGGGGAAUCGGCGGAUACGGCCAUCAUCGGCACUGACAACCCAGAAACCAUCGAUGAAUCAAAGAAGGAGUGGUUCAUCUAACAGCCAAUGACGUGACACUGAGGGAGUUUGAUUCAUCAGACCACCAGAUACCAGAGAGAAGGAGACUUUGUUCAGUGACCAAUCACAGGGGAGAGAGGGAGGAAAUGUCAUCCAAUUGGACAAUGAUCUCCCAGAGUGGGUGGUGAUGUGGGGAAAGACGUGUACAGAAAUCUGUUUUUUUUAUAUCAAGACUAUUAGAAAGAGAAGGGGACAGUUAUUCAGUGGAAUAUGGCUCUGAGAGACUAUAUGUGUAUAUACUAACCGGCUUGUCCUUCUUUGUAUUGUGCUUGGGAGUUUUCAGGAGUCCUUUGAAUACUGUAUAUGACAAAUAAUUAUAACUACUGGGUCGUGUGCUAGCACAGAUUUAUUGCCAGUCUCUGUUCCAUUUUGAUUUUAUUUUUUAAGAAAAUCUUAUAUCAAAAAUGAUCAAAUCAACAUGCCAAAUCAUUUGUUUAUCAGGCUGUCAUUGCGGCAGUCGGUCAACCCACAUGUCUGUCGAAUGCAACAGACACGCCACUCAUAUUGUGGUAAUAUAGAGUUGAAUAUGGAUGCCAAAAGUCGCUCUGUAAAUACAGUACGUUGUGUUAUUUUCUCUUUUUCUCAAAAAGCUCUAUUCAGAGAUCUAGGUUCAGUACUUUAACACUGAUGAGAAAUUUCAGAUCUAUAUUACAAUGAUAUCAUAUUUCUGUCCAUAACAUAAUAUGUAUGAAAUAGAGUUUUAUGUUUAAAUUUUAUGACAUUCGAUUGUACCUGUACGGGACGUUCCUUGCUGAGGGAAGACAGAGAGGGGUUUCUCAAAGCAUGUUGGGAAAUCAUGUCAUUCCAUGGUUGUGUUGGUUUAGCUCAGCACGGCAGCUUUUUUUUUUUUUUUUUUUUUUUUUUUUUUUUCUUUUUGGGACGGUAUGAACCUCCAGCCUUUACUCAUUCAGAUUUCAGCGGUUGGUUUAUUUCUUUGCCAAACACGUGAGUCUUACAUGUCAUUCACCAGUUGGCUCAGACGUUUGCAUUAAAUGGUCAACUUUGAGUUGAAGAGUUACACUUUAUAAAUGUACAUCUUGGUUUUGAUUGAAGUUGGACCGUGUGUUUACAGUGCAUGCAUGCAUUUGUAUGUACAUGUGUGUUUAAGUUGUUUAAAAAAAAACAGGAUAGGACAAAUGGCUUUUACAAAUACUGCUCUGGGUCGUUUUAGCCUCUGCAGGCGACAGAAAAAUGUGGUUUGCCACUUUGGGCAAUACAAAGAGUGUCAGGAAACUGAGAUAAUCACAGAAAGAUAAUGAAUGUGGUUGAACAGCUUGAAAAACUGCACUUGAAAAACUGUUUGGAGGCACUGAACUCCAUCCAGCGAAAAGUCCAAACAGCAUGACAAAAGCAAAGAUUUAUUUUUGUGUCCAAGGUCUUGAAUGCGGUUAUGGUGUUAAUUGGCUUAUUAACCCAUUGUGCCUUCAAAGUGUUCAGCCAUUUCGCCUUCCCCUGGACAACUUAAUGCAGGCCUGCUACAACCUCACUGCUGCUGUUGCAUGAAAUCUUCAUAAAUUCGAUUUUGAAAAUGUUAUUUUUCCUGAAUUGAACUGAACGUCUGCUUUGUGUUUUAUGUGCUAACUUAAAUGACCCAUAAAACCCAGUCAAAGCCCAAAUGCAUACUUUCAAAAUGCAUGUGUGAGAGAAUCAGGCAAUUUCUCUCAUGUCUUCAAAAGCUGACUUUUUGGAGAACACCAGCGCAGGUUUCUAUGCAGCAAAAGCAGCUACAUUAAUGUAUAGAGGAGCAGCACUCUAUACAGCACACUAACAACGUUUGCACCUUCCCUCUGUGACACACACACACACACACAUGCAAUGUGCGUGCUUGAAAGAGCAUGAGUCAAGGUUUGUUCAGCUACAACAGAAACGUGUUGAGGACUGAGGGCGCUGCUGAACCGAGCUCCAGUGCCACUGUUGUCCAACCUGCUUUCAAAAGAUGUACACUUUAUUGUUUUUAACCGUGUCAGUGUCACUUAUGUUUACCUUUCAGUGGCAUCAGCUGACACAGUUUAUCAAACGUCACAGCUGACUGCCAUUUUGUGUUCUUUUGUUGUGAAUUUGGUGUUUGAAUGGAUGUAAGGUCAAAUGGCUGCCGUGGCAUCCUAUCACGUGAAUGAUUUUGUAUAUCAUCAUCGCCUCAUUGUCUUUAUUUCACGCCAUCACAGACACUUGGACAGCUGGUGAAUGCAGACUACCUGCUAACCGGGGCCUCAAAGAAGACUUUCUCCACCUGCAGAUCACGGUUCAGUCCCAUCUGCUUCCAACCCAUGAAGGAGAGCUGACGAAUGACUCCAGAUCAGUUUGAACUUUACUUUUUUUGACAUAAUUAUAUUGUUCUCACCAUGCACACUUGCUUCCAGUAUGUGGUUUGAAAAUAAUGGCAAUGAUAAUGGAUUAACCUUCAGUACAGAGAGACAAAACCAUAACCCACGUUCUGCUUUUGAUUCUGUUGAGUUCAAUAAAGAGUCUUUGAUCUUAAAA